AUGGUCCACUUCAUCAAAUAUAUUUGGAGUGAGAAAUUUAUGAAUGCUUGUUCCGUAUUGCCUGCGUACAAUCGGCAUUCGGAACAAUGUUAUUACAAGGAUCAUUGUUUAGGGAGCUCGGAACAGGAUGAUGAUGAAUUUCCUUCGCGUUCUCAAUUAAUCCAUGAAUUAAUACAAGCCUUUAAGAUUUUUCAUACUAACGAAAUUGGAUUGGACGAAACUGAUGACGAGAAAGAAGGUGAAAAUGAUGAAAAUCUCGAUUCUCAAAUUAUUUCAAAUAAUCAUUUGAGAAAGCGAACGGAUAUUGAAAUUGUUGAACCAGAGAAGGCUUUGCUUCAUGAUUUGGAACUUUUCCAUUCGAGAGAAUAUCUAAAGGCACUCUUUAAAAUUGACAAGUUCUUGAAAAGAAACGAAAAACAAUUUGAUAAGGAGAAAAGUAAUGAAAGCUACGAAGAAGGAAUGACCGAUAGUGGGGAGUCUUCUGAUUCUUCAAGUGACAGCGAUCAGGAUGAGGAAGAAAUUAUGGAGCUCAGAAAAAAGUUCGGCCUUGUUGAUGACGCCCACGAUUUUCAAGGAAUGCUUGAUUACGUUUUAUGGCUUGCAGGUUCUUGCAAAACAAUAUCUUCUAUUGUGAACAAAUUUUGUAUGGAAAAUGUUGGCAAGCAACAUUCACUUACUAUUUUCAAUUGGGAAGGAGGUAGGCAUCAUGCACGGAAAGCAAAAGCUGCUGGCUUUUGUUAUGUGAAUGACAUUGUGCUACUCGCGUUACAAAUCAAGAAAAAACGAAUCAUGUGCAUUGAUAUUGAUGUUCAUCAUGGAGACGGUACGCAGGAUGCUUUUUUCAGCAGUGAACGAGUAUUAACUGUCUCGUUUCAUCAGUUUGGGCCAGGUCUGUAUCCUGGAACCGGUGAUAUAACAGAAACUGGCCAAGGCAGAGGAAAAAAUCUCAAUAUUAAUAUUCCUCUCAAGGAAGGCCUCACUGACCAAAUGUUUCAGCCAUUAUUCCAGAAAGUGAUUUCCAAAGCAUAUGAAAAGUUCAAACCUGAUGUUGUUCUCCUAAUCAACGGUGCAGAUAAUUUAAAUGGAGACCCACUUGGGUCGUGGAAUCUAUCAGAUUCCAGCUUUCAAUUUGUUGCUGCAAUGGUUAGGAACAUGUUACAACCUGAAGUGACCAUAAUUCUUGGAGGAGGUGGAUACAACUAUAUAAGCACAGCGAUUGCCUUUGCUACAGUUUCAAAUGCGUUUGUUAAUAACACAAACCUACCAGAACUGAUCCCAGAACAUCGGUACUUUGAAUUUUAUAAGAGCAAUGGAUUUUGUACGAAGGUUCCAAGUGGACACAAACCCAAUUUGAAUACUGAGUACUACAUCAAGCAGUUGGAAGAAACAAUUUAUGACGCAAUUGGAAGGUGCAAAGCAACUGGUUGCCAAUCUUCGGCAGCCACAUGGAAUUAUAAUCACCAAAGAUUUUGUGCCCGUCAUGCUUGGACAUGUGAAACCUGUGCCAACUGUCAAACAAAUCCUCAAAAUAUAUUUUGUGAAUUUCUUUACUUGUAUUACUGGAGAAGAAGAACGCGUCAUUUAUGUAGCGAAAAUGUUUAUUCAUUACAACACUUAUUUAAUGAAAUACACCUUGAUGUUUCCAAAGACCGAAUGAGUAAUAAUGAUUUAGCCAUGAACCAAGAUUCGCUACCAUCAUCAGAGGUAAUGGAUAUUAUGUUUGAAAAUUAUUUGCUUUUAGAAAGUUCACUCAAGCUUGAUGUACAAUUUAUUCUUCCUCACAGCCAUGCAUCUAAUGUGAGAGCCACGUACUAUCAAGAGGAUCCAUCAGCAAUGGUAUUGAGAACAAAGCUCAUGAUCUUGUGGGAAAUAUUUGACGAAUUGAACAGCAACGGGACUAGUCAUGAACUUUAUCUAAUGGAUUCUCUCAAAGAUUUCACUGCAUUUGAGAACCAUGUCAAAUCCAAUUCAAAAUUUGAGUUCUUGUGGGACGAGCAAUCGAGCAUUUGGUUAGAAUUACUUUUUCCUUACAUUAACCACAGUUACGCUCCUCAUUUAACUCCAGUUGCUUUAGUGAAAGUGAAUCUAUUGGCCAACAUUCCAGACCAAGUAGUUCUCUGCACCCAUUGCUUGGAACACUUGGUCUCAAAUAAGAUUGAUCAAUACGUGAAGAUACAACAACAGAGCCAAUUAGCAGUUGCCGAUCAAAAUUUGAAUACCACAGCAAAUUAUUUGCAGUGGCUGAGCAAUGAAAUCAUGGGAGAGAUUUUAUCAUUUCUUCCCUUUCCAUAUGGAUACAUGAACCUAUCACUAAUUUCAAGACAGUUCUAUCAAUUCAUCCAUUAUGAAUCAACAUACAACUGGAUCAGCAAUUUUAUAAUACCAUAUCGUCACGCCUAUUCCACCGCUCAUUCCUCACUUGUACUGGAGACCACAGAGAGAAGAAAUGAAAUAUUACUGAGUGAUAUGAUGGAAAAAGUGUUUCGCACCUUCAAAGGUUUUAAUGGUCUCUCCUCAAUUCACAAAAUUUACAAUUUUUUCUUCAGUGAUCGUGCUGAUAGCUACCGCACACAUGAUUUUUUGUUUGAGCUUGUAUUGUUUCAAAAGUUGUUGAAGAGAAAUUGCAAAGAUGGAAAUUUGAAAACACAUUUCGAUACAAUGGUUGUAGGCUUGUUGGACCAGCCAAUUCGCUACUAUCAAAUGUAUUGGUUAUCCAAGCGAGAGAGAACCUCAGUCCGAUUUAAACACUUGACAUUGCUCGUUUACUUUCACUUGAGUGGCGGUAAGCAUUUCAAUUACAAGCAUUUUAGAAGAAUUUAUAAGAGUCUUUUUUCGCAGAGUGAGACCAAUGUAAUGAAUGUGGAAUUUCAAGAGAUUACAUUUUACACCACUUUUCAGAUCGAUCCAACGUAUUACUUUGACUUGAAAGCUUUUAAGACAAAUCUUGGUCGUAGCUUGCUUCUAACUUCUCCCCAAAACACUGACCAAAUUGCAUCUUUUCCAGAUUUUGACGAACUUUAUUUUGGCCGAUUGUCAAGAAUUAGUUGUUUGACUGUCAUUAUGGUCCAUUAUGAGUGGCAUGUCAAACAAAUUCAAAUGUUCAAAAGAGGAUUGAGAAUUGAUCGUUUGAAAUUUGUUCACUCUUCAUCAGAUUCAAUCAGUAAGGAUGAUGUUUUGAUCAUGAUGAAAGUAUUGCGUGCUAUUAUGGAACAACAAAUUGUGGUACUCCAGAUCAAGCUUUCGUUGAAAGACAAACAAGAAAUGAAACAAUAUGAUCCACAUGAAUUUUCCAUUCUCGAAACCUACUUUGAUAGUCUGCAAGAGCUGCACUGUGAUCACAAGAAAUUUAUUUGA